GAACAGAACUACGAACUCCGAACUCGUCAGCAAUAGCAAUCCCGGAAUGGGGCGGACGAUCGAGGGAGCUGCGCUUGGUUGCGUUUAUUUUUCAUAAGGUCGAUUCCCGCUCGUUCCCGUCAGUGAGAUCCUGGUAGUCGGCGGAUGUUUGGGAAUUUAUCUAUGUCGCGAUCACGUUGAAAGAGGCACAAUCAUGUCGGAGCCAGAUAAACAAUCCAGCGAACCGUAUCGCCAAUUAGAGGAAUCACAUGGCGCCGAGCUGAAUGUCGGCGCACAAGGCACGUCGAGCUGCCACACGAGCUUGGAGAACGGCGCCGAACGGUCGAUGGAACUCUCCUCCGUUGUGGUCAUACCCGAUGACACAUUUACUGUGGUACAAGCCAUCAAUGCGUUGGGCUUUGGAAAGUUCCAAGUAAAAUUGUCUCUGUUCACGGGUCUCUGUUGGAUGGUAGACAGUAUGGAGAUCACAAUACUGAGUAUCCUAAGUCCAUCCUUACAUUGCGAUUGGGGCAUUUCUAGAUACCAACAAGCACUGACUACAACGGUAGUAUUUCUUGGUAUGAUGUUAAGCUCUACUUUCUGGAAUAAUUUGAGCGACAGAUACGGUCAUAAGCAAGCUUUAACCUUGUGCGCGGUGCUGUUGGCCUAUUACGCAUUUCUGAGUUCAUUUGCGCCGAAUUUUCUCUGGAUCCUGUUGCUUAGAGGCGUUGUGGGGUUUGCUAUUGGUUGUGUACCACAAUCAGUGACCCUAUACGCAGAGUUUCUGCCAGCGAAACAACGUGCAAGAUGUGUUAUUUUACUGGAUUGUUUUUGGGCUCUCGGAGCUUGUUUUGAAGUGGCGAUUGCAUUAAUCGUGAUGCCCAAUUUUGGAUGGAGGUGGCUUCUUAUAUUAUCAUCCAUUCCAUUAUUUAUAUUCGCUGUAAUAACACCGUGGCUGCCGGAAUCUACAGUGUUCGAUAUGACAGCUGGAAGAACAGAUCGUGCAAUUUCGACGUUAGAACGUGUAGCCAGAGAAAAUAAGAAAUCGUUGCCUCUAGGAAGACUAGUUAUGGAUCGAUUUUAUCAAGGCCAUCAUGGACGAUUUAAAGAUGUUCUGAGCAAAGAAAUGUGCAGAACGUCUGCUUUACUUUGGCUCGUAUGGAUGAGCACAGCGUUCUGCUACUAUGGAGUGGUGCUAAUGACAACUGAACUUUUUCAUACAUCAUCAGAGCAAUGUAGCGCAUGGGGCACGAACAACGACGAGGGUACGUGCCAACUUGACUGCCGAUUACGGCGUAGCGACUAUAUCGAUCUACUUUGGACAACGCUGGCGGAGUUUCCCGGCAUAUUCUCCACCGUUUACGCGAUCGAGAAAAUAGGCAGGCGAAAGACGAUGGCCUGCCAGUUAGUCAUGUUCGCCGUAGUGGUUUGCUUCCUGGGCAGAACCUGUCUGUUGAGCAGAGCGGUGCUGACCAUUGCCGUUUUCCUAGCCAGGGGCUUGAUCGCCGGUGUGUUUCAGGCCGCGUACGUGUACACGCCGGAGGUGUACCCUACGCAUUUGCGAAGCAUAGGCGUGAGCGCGUGCAGCGCUAUGGCACGAAUCGGCGCUAUGAUCACUCCGUACAUAGCGCAGGUAUUUUUGCAAUGGUCCAUCACGGGGGCCAUGAUCAUUUACGCGACAACCGCUCUGUGUGCUGCAAUUGCUACGCUCGCGCUUCCCGUGGAGACGAAGAAUCAACAAUCAAAUGACGCGCCUCAGGAAAGUAGAUAGGCAUUCUUUGCAACGAAGUAUUUUAGUAUAUUGACCGAAAUUUACUCUACUCUAUCUCGCAUUAUUUAGGAUACCUUUUUAUUCUUAUUACAUUGCGAUAUAUAUGUAAUAACAGAUGUGUAUACACAGUCGGCUCUUGAUUAAUUGAGAACUCGUCUUGUGUAUUCGUACAUGACCAUAUAUGCGAACAAUUUUAGUCGUUAUCAAUGUAUUAUUUAAUCAAAUGGACGUAUCUUUAUUUUUUAAUUAUAUAUAAUAACACGCCUAUAUAUUUAAUCUAUUUAUUAUAUAGUGUAGAAACAAGGGAAUUUUUUAUUGUUAACAAGGGAAAUUUUUUCAUCUACUCAAGGAUUUAUUAUCAAAAUGUUAAUUCUAAGUUACACAAUAUAUACAAACACAAAGACUGACACGUGUGCGACUUUUAAGAAAAGUGCCAAAACAAAUAUUGAUCAAUGAAUAUUGUAUGCUCUCAAUUUCGUAUAUUGUAUAAUUUUGAAUUUACUCUUAAUGGUAACGAUUGUAAGUAUUUGAUGGAAUAUAUAAAUAAAAUUAGUUCAAUAUGA